AUGUCUGAAAGAUUGGGGCCCAACGUCGUGGCAACAAUUGCCAGCGCUGCUUCGGCGGUAGCUGCGGAAUCGAAAAUACCCCCCGAGUCCGCCGCUUCUGUUUAUCGGAAGAAAAAGCCACCUCCUCCCGACACCCCCGAAGGCACACGCACCCGAUCACUGGUGAUCCUGUCAUUCUGGAUUGUGGUCAUAACGGUCGGAUUACCGUUAUGGUGGAUUACGACAGCAAUAUACCGUGCCCCGCUGCCGUUGAAAGAGAUGCAGAGCUGGGCUGAUGGGAGGGCUUGCAGGGCGGAGUUUCCAUUACUUAUCGAGGUUGAAGCACCUACACUGCCUGAUCCGGAGAAUCUAUUAAAGACGGUCCAACAUGCUCUUGACGACGCGAACGAUUUCUCCGCCCACCAUUUACGGCUACGGCUUUCCACGAAUUCCUCCCAGGUUGAAGAUGGGGAAGAGAGCGUUGCGGCGACCCUGCGACUAUCUCAGGGAGCUACGGGAUCUCCGCAUUCUUAUGUUUUGAGUCCUUCGUCUAGGGCUAUCGAUUUGUUCUAUUCGCCGUCUUACAACCCUACUAGUUUGUCGGCUUUCGUGGCCAGUACACUCCAGGAGAUCUUUGCGGAGGAACAGCAGAUGAUUUCGUAUUUGCUGGCUUCGUCUGCCCCUGCACCUUCGCCGUCACCUUCUUCCGGGGGUGGAAAUGGCGGGAAUGGGGUUAAAGUUGUUAAUAAAGUUAACACUGUUGAGAUUGCUAGGAAGAUGAGUCGAAUUGUCAAGUACUCGCCUAUGUACCACUUGACAUUUUCGCUGUUCACCGCUGCUGGAGAUCCAAGUAGCUGGGAGAUUAAGGAGGCGGUUUCGGAGUACCUGCAACCACUGCUUGAUGCUCUAGGCGGGAUUAGUGGGUUUACGGUGGACUCGCAGAUACAGUUCUACGCCUCGUUGUCUUCUAGUGUUGUUCCGACUUGGGUACCGGAUUCGGAGGAGGAAGGUUCUAGCGGGAAAUAUUCCUUGAAGAAAGAGGACCUGAGUAGCUUUAUAAACAGUGCUGAGUGGCCAUUGGUCAGCAUUACAAGCUAUCCUACUAUCAACUUUAUCAUUUAUAUCCCGGCGACCGACCAGUCGCCGCUCAUGAUCCCGACGAGCUCAACCAACGCGUUCUUGUUACCACAGUGGGGUGGUGUUAUGAUCCACAAUCCACCGGCUGAAACUGAUAAUACGCAUUUGACCAAGGAGGCACUCAAGCCGGCCUUGGAUAUCUUUGCGACACAACUUCUUUCACUCCUCGGAGCUCCUACGCAUCCUGCCUCGCUGCCUAUCCGUCUAGAUUCCCUUACCCGUCAGCGCUCUGCCGAGCUGUUGGUUUCCGCUUCCUCUACCUUGGGAUCGCUGUACCGCCUAACGCUCGCCCUCCCAUCCAUCUCGAUCCCUUCAUCUGUGUCUACAUCUGUCUCAUCAACGCUCACAUCUCUCACUGCGGCUUGCCAGGAGCUCCGCCACGGCCGUUUCGGCGACGCUCUAGAAGAAGGAAGGAAUGCCGAAGAACAAGCUGAGAAGGCUUUCUUUGAAAAGAGUAUGGUUGGGCAGGUAUACUUUCCCGAGGAGCACAAGGUGGCUGUGUACCUGCCACUGAUGGGCCCGGUAGGGGCUCCACUGCUCAUGGCUGCUCUGAAGGAAAUUUCGAGACUGGUUCGGGCUUGGAAGGCUAGUAAACUUAAGAAGUAAUCGGCUGCGCUAAGGGGAAAAUGGGUGGAUUUCUUGUAAACUAUGAUUUAUGGAGUUUUUAGUUUUUCGUUA